UCCAAAACAACUUGAUUUUUUCGAAAAUGUAGUAGACCAACAAUACACGGACUUGGAAAAACUAGUAACAAUUUGAUCAAAACAGCCCAUGAACCGUUUAAAAAAAAUCAAAAUAUUUCUAGUAAGUGCUCUUUUGUGUAGGAUUUUGAAAGAAGAGGCUCAGUUGGGAGACCCUGAUGGACCGCCUCAAUAUUUUGAGGAAGGUGAGGACCCUGCAUUACGUCAUUUUACAGUGGCGGGAACUUUUUCCAGCAGAGGAUGUGGUAAAGAGACCAGUGCCGAUAUUUAUACAUAUGAUAGUGUGGUUGAAAUCAUUGUGUGGGAGAGUGAAAAAGAAGACAGAUUGAAGUUUUUUUUGAGUUAUUUUUGUCUAGAAAGUUUGCCCAAAAAUCGUACUUUUUGUGAAGGGCAAAUACUCUUGCGACGUAAGGUUUUUUGCAGAAGCUACAACGAAGACAAAAGAAAUCAUGCCAUGUUCAGGAAAAACCGAGCUUUGCUUUUGUGAUAUAUAAUAAUUAGAUCAGUUUAACACAGCACUCUACAUGAUGGUGCCACUCCGCUUACAAGUAUUUCAUAAAGCCGUUUAUUUUCUUGUGGUCACUUUAACGAUAAUGUUACUGACCAUGGAAUCAAGAACCACUGCUUUUUAUUUACGAGAGGGCGAUAUGUGUGUGGUUCCUAACACCAAGAAAACUGGCCGAUGUAUCAAAAUGUUAGAUUGUGACUAUGCAAAGGAGUUGCUUCGAAGGGGGUUAAGCCCAGGACACUGUGGAUUUAUGGGCAAUAGUGUCUUAGCAUGUUGUCCUAAUGCGAAACAGCCAGGAGUUUUAAGUCAAGAAAUGUGCACACAUUACUAUAAAGUUGGAGACACUAACGUGGCAACCAUUGUAGGACAACAUAUGCGCACAAAGGAAUUUCCACACAUGGUUGCUGUCGGUUAUGGUGCCAGUAAAGUUGACACAGUGUGGCUAUGUGGAGGAAGCUUAAUCAGCCACUACUUUGUACUCAGUGCCGCACACUGCGUCUAUUCUGUAGAUUUUGGUCAGGCAAUGUGGAUUCGCAUGGAAAACUUCGGAAUCAAGAGCAUCGUCGACGACGCCACCCCCCACGAUAUAAAAAUAGCAGACCGUUAUGUACACCCCAAAUACAAACGCUCUUCUUUUUACCACGAUAUAGCUCUGUACAGAAUGGAAGAAAAAGUCACUUUUGACUUUUCCACUCGUCCCGCUUGCUUGCACACAGAGAAAGACGUUCCAGUUGACAUUCUACAGGCAACGGGCUGGGGAAGAGUUGGUUUUUUUGGUCUCAGCAUGUACUUACUCAAAGUCGAGUUGCACAUUGUCGAUCAUAGAACGUGUGCUAGAAAGUACGCUAGUGUGUCGAACACCCGCAAACUCCGAGAUGGAAUACAAGACGAUUUGCAGAUAUGCGCUGGUGACGCGAUGGGUAAAGAUACCUACCCUGGUGACUCAGGUGGACCACUUCAGUACCAUGUGAAAGGGAUUGGGAAAAUGUUGCCACAUUUCAAGAUUGUCGGAGUUACGUCGUUUGGUAAACAGUACGGUAUGACAAGUAGUGCUGGAGUUUAUACCAGGGUGUCUUCAUACCUUGACUGGAUUGAAAGCAUUGUGUGGGUGGAAGACGAGGGUGCUUAAAAUAAGACGAUUCUGUUGGAUGAAAACUUAGAUUAUGGAUGAUCAUUUUAAACGUAUGAAUUAGAGUUUAUAAAGGUUUUUUGAAGUAAAA